AUGAGUGGUCAGAUAACUUGCAAUGACCGAACCAGAACGUAUUGGACCCCAACGAUGGAGCGUUUCUUCAUAGAUCUUAUGUUGGAACACUUGCACAGAGGUAACAGAACCGGACACACUUUUAACAAGCAGGCUUGGAACGAGAUGCUCACUGUUUUCAACUCCAAAUUCGGGUCUCAGUACGAUAAAGACGUAUUGAAAAGCCGGUACACGAAUCUCUGGAAGGUUUAUAAUGAUGUCAAGAGCCUUCUUGAUCAUGGUGGCUUCUCUUGGGAUCAGACUCUUCAAAUGGUCGUUGGAGACGACACUCUAUGGAGUUCCUAUCUCAAGGCUCAUCCGGAAGCGCGUGCGUACAAGACGAAACCGGUGUUGAAUUUUAAUGAUUUGUGCUUAAUCUAUGGGUAUACGGUUGCAGAUGGGAGAUACAGCAGGUCAAGUCAUGAUACAGAGUUUGAGGAUGAGAUCGAUGGAGUCAACAUUGGUGAAAGUAGUGGCAAUCUUGUUCACUUGAGUAAAGAAAGCUCGAAAACUGAGUGGACUCCGGUAAUGGACCAAUACUUCAUUGAGCUUAUGCUUGAUCAAAUCGGAAGAGGUAACAAGACUGGUAAUGCUUUUAGUAAACAAGCAUGGACAGAUAUGCUUGCUUUGUUCAAUGCUAGGUUUACUGCUCAAUAUGGGAAAAGGGUUUUAAGGCACCGCUACAACAAGUUGUCGAAAUACUACAAGGAUAUGGAAGCUAUUUUGAAAGAAGACGGGUUUUCGUGGGAUGAAACUCUGCAAAUGAUAUCUGCGGAUGAGGCCGUUUGGGAUUCUUACAUCAAGGAGCACCCACUUGCUAGGACAUAUAAGAUGAGAUCUUCUUUACCGAGCUACAAGGAUUUGGACAUAAUAUUUGCCUGUCCAGCUGAGCCAGAGAUAUUACCCCUUCCAGUCCAAGACAAAAAUCUCAACGAUGAUGGCUCCACUGCACAAAUGAAUGAGAUUAAGGCCAGACAGGUGCACAAUUCUGAUCGUUCAAGGACAUUUUGGACUCCGCCAAUGGACCACUAUCUAAUAGACUUGUUAGUAGACCAAGUGAACAAAGGGAACAGAGUUGGGCAGACUUUCAUAACAAGUGCUUGGAAUGAAAUGGUUGAAGCAUUCAAUGCCAAGUUCGGGUCUCAACACAGCAAAGACGUUUUGAAGAACCGGUACAAACACUUGAGGAGGUUGUACAACGACAUAAAGUUUCUUCUCGAGCAAAAUGGGUUCUCGUGGGAUACAAGGAGAGAUAUGGUGAUUGCAGAUGAUGGCAUAUGGAAUACCUAUGUACAGGCACAUCCAGAAGCUCGAUCGUAUCGAGUUAAAACAAUUCCAAUUUAUCCAAACCUUUGCUUCAUUUUUGGGACGGAAAUGUCGGAUGGGAGAUACACACGCUUGGCUCAAGCUUUUGAUCCAAACCCCGCAGAAACUGUGCGGAUGAUCGAAAGUGGAAGCACAGACGGAUUAAAAGAUACUAUGGGAGAAACUCACAGUUUCCAGAUGAUUCAUGCCAGUGACGAGAAAAAUGAUUAUCUCUGUAGCAAUACUGGUCCUCCUUGUAUAGAAUGGACACGGGUCAUGGACCGCUGUCUUAUUGAUCUUCUGCUAGAGCAGGUGAAUAGAGGAAAUAAGAUUGGUGAGACAUUCACAGAGCAAGCUUGGGCUGACAUGGCAGAAUCCUUCAACGCAAAGUUCAGAUUGCAGACUGACAUGUUCAUGCUGGAGAAUCGUUAUAUAUUGAUGUUGAAAGAGCGUGACGACAUCAACAAUAUACUCAAUCUUGGUGGCUUUGCUUGGGAUGGGGAGAAGCAAACCAUUGUUGCAGAAGAUGAAUAUUGGGACACAUAUAUCAAGGAGCAUCCAGAUGGAAGCAUAUAUAAAGGUAAAACUUUAGAUAGUUAUGGUGAUUUGUGCAAGCUAUACGAACAUGUCUCACAAGAAAGCUUCAAUUGUGAGAAUCUCAUGAUCGAGUUGGAAAACUAUGGCCAUGAGAUUGAUAUAGUUGACGACUUUAGUUUACCCCACAAGCAGCAUAGCAAGCGAACCAACCCAACAACUUCACCUCUGGAACUCAUUGUACAUAAGGCUCAGAAGACCGGAAGAGAGACAAGGAAGCCUCUGUGUGAGACAGAAGGUGAUGAUAACGAUUGCAAGAAGCCCAUGUCCCUGAACGAUAUGCACUCAAGAAUAGGAAAUGCCAUUGAUGCAUUGCAAGCUUUGCCUGACAUGGAUGAUGAGCUUCUACUAGAUGCUUGUGAUCUUUUGGAAGAUGAGAGAAAAUCAAAGACGUUUUUGGCUUUAGAUGUCUCUUUACGUAAAAAAUGGCUAGUAAGAAAGCUUCGUCCUUCGGCUAACUAA